UAAUUAAUAAUAUCUAAAAUUAAAAAUCAGUUAAAAAGUGUGUUACAGAAGGCUAAAAGUAAUGUAUACAAAUUAGAGCUCUGAUUUGCCAUGUUGGUUUGUUGUGGUUUUUGGGGUGCCCCUGCGGCGGGGGGGGGGUGGUUUGUGUUUAGCAUGGGGACUGAUGGAGAAUAUAUUUGCAGGUGGAGCGCAGAACGAUUUUCGAGUUUUUAUGAUAAAAAAAAUUUUGGUGGAGAAAUAGCCUGAAUUAAGUGAAAAUUUGCUGUAUGCAAAUUGGUAAACGUAAAAUGCGAUUUAAGCCGUGAAAUUUGCCCGUGCAGCGUGGGUAUGACGGGUUGUGCUGUAUAGCUAAUCCCACCCCGUAAUCAGUGGAAGCCCGAUCGACGCUCCUGGCGCUUUUGAUGAUAGGAGACCGUGGAUGCACGAUGCAUCGGGUGCAUUCCGGAUUGGUAAUUUCCCGUGGUUUAUUCCGCUGCCAUCCGGUCUUCCCCGGGACGCCCUGGUAUCCUCGUGAUCCCUGCGUUAUCCUCGCUGUGUUUCCUGGGUCCAGCGCCUCCUAUCGCACGCGUUCCUGGCGGAAUCGGGCUGAGCUCCGCGCCAGAAUGACAGAUACACGACAGCGUUUCACAGCUAAACGCGCGGAGGUUCUCGAUCGCGUCAAGAGCAUGACGGCGCCUUUUAAGGAAAACAUUGUGACGAUUCCCAACCUGCUGUGCGUCGCACGCAUCGGUCUGACGCCGGUGAUUGGAUAUUUUAUUCUCAACGGGAAUUUCUCGUGGGCUUGUGGGACGGCUGCCGUGGCGGGAGCAACGGAUCUGCUGGAUGGUUUUAUUGCGCGUCAUUUUCCCAGUCAGCGGUCCAUGAUCGGGAGUUUUCUCGAUCCACUCGCCGAUAAAUUGUUAAUCACCACGCUCUUCCUAACACUGACAGCGGUGCACCUUAUUCCCGUUCCCUUGACGGCACUGAUCGUCUUUCGGGAUAUCUGCUUAGUGGCGGCUGCCAGUGUGGUGCGCUUCCGUUCCCUACCACCACCGGUUACCCUGUCCAAAUAUUUUGAUGCGACAUACGCAUCGGCCAAUUUGUCACCCACGACUAUCAGCAAGUACAACACCGGAUUGCAGCUGCUCCUGGUUGUCGUCACUUUAGCCGCACCAGUUUUCAAUUACGUCGAUCAUCCGGUUUUGCACGGUUUAUGGUACAUUGUGGCCGCCAGCACGCUGGCAUCCGGAUUGGGCUACAUGUUCCAGAAGGACACCUACAAAUUAUUCCGCCGCACACCGCCCUCCUAAACGGACUUGUUGGCGCAAUCGUUCUACCUGCACAUAACCACCAAAAUCUAUCGUUGUUUUUAUCGAUUUUUUUUUACUUGUCUUUCCGGCGAUUGUUAGCGUGAUCAUGUUCUUCAUCUAAUGAAAAAUUGUUUUUAUCUCUUACUUGUGACUGGCUUGCUCACAACCUUUACGGGCAGUCUAGAAACAGAAAUAAACCAGUUUAAUGA